GAGUCUGCAUCGCGGCAAGAAGGUCCCUGAGGCAGGUUUCGCACUGCCCCACGGCAUGAAGGGCUCUCACGUUCUCCUCUUCUCCACUAUGUGCUGGUCCAUGCUAGCGAAUGGGAACAAACUCUUCCACUUUGGACCUUGCCGGAUUUCCAUGAGCAUGAAUGAAAUCAGGGCUGGUUUUGCAGCGAUUAAAGCCAAUAUUCAAGGCAGAGACCCCAUCCGCACCGUGAGCAUCCUGUCCCACCCGCACUCCCUGCACAAGAUCAAGUCUUCAGAAAAAUGUUGCAUCAUCCAUCACCUCUUCAACUUCUACGUGGACAAAGUCUUCAAAUACUGCACGACCGAGGACUCCUACGUCAACAGAAAGAUCAGCAGCAUCGCCAACUCUUUCCUCAGCAUCAAGCGGAACCUGGCGCACUGCCAUAACCAAAACAUGUGCAAGUGUGGCCAGGAGUCCACAGAGAAGUUCAAGCAAAUACUCACCAACUACAGAGGGCUGAAUGUCACGUCUGCAGCAAUGAAAUCCUUAGGCGAGCUGGAUAUCCUACUAGACUGGAUGGAGAAGUCUCGUUAAGAGCGUGGGCAGCGUUAACCACACGGCAGGGGCCUGGUUGGGAACGCCGUGCCCAUGUUGGUCAUGGAAAUCAUAUUUCAACGCCGUUUCUCACUCAUUGUAGCUGAUGUCUGCUCAAACACCGAGUGUUUUGCUAGCGGGGUGGAUUCCCGGAAAUGCAUCCGUGGAGGCUUGCAUGGAGAUGGAAGGGCUGAGGUCAACCCGGUCCGCAGAGCACUUGUCUCCUGGCAAAAGAUGCUCUUCAAGGGCAAAGCAAGAAAGGCUUCUCCUGUGCUACCAGCAGACACAUGCCAUGCUAAUGUAAUAGAAUUAUUGUUUAAAUUAUGGACUCUUUGUAUAUAUUAAUGAGACCUGGAUCCCUGGUGGGUACUGUUGUGAUCCAGUUAAUGCUACAGAACAGCACUUAGAGCUGGGCUCACUUUUAGGCUGCUGAAACCAACCUGUGGACAGGGUGGGCACUGCUUGCAAGAGUAACUCUAGCAGGGACUUCCAGCCUCAAAACCCGUGUUUCCUUUUGAAAUGGUAUUUUCUGCCUUAUCAGUAACAGAACCAUUUUUUCAACGUGAGAAAUGUGGUUUUUGAAUAGAAGGAAAAAAAAAAUGUGUGUAUUAUGCAAUUAUCUGCUACUCAGUACUAUACUUUGUGUGAAUUGGUUGCACUUACUGUAAAUAAACCCAAUUAAAACUGCUGGUCUGGGUUAGACUGCGCUUGCCAAAACUCAGAGGUGUUACUGUUGCUUGUCAGGGAAACUUGUGAGCAGAAUUCACUGCGUGUCCUUUAUAGCUGCUGUAGUUGCUCCUG